ACUUAGUUAAAAAAAAAAAAAAACAAUUUAAAAAUUAGAAGCAACGUGAGCUUAACCAUAUAAGAAGCCACAACUUUUCUUCUACUGCUCAGCCGUCUGUCAAUAGUCAACACCAGGACUUUCUUCAUCCACUCCCCAGCGACAGCCUGUCACCUCACUUUCCCAAAUAUAGCCACCGCUACCGCUCUAGGCGGCUUCCGCCAGUACUUUCAGCGGUUCCUCCACUUACCCAAACUGUCCCUCACCAAGUUCCAUAAAUUAAAAAGAGAGAGAGAGAGAGCUCUUAAAGCAUAGAGUGAAAAUGGGGUGUGGCAAUGCCUUCUACACCUUAAUCAUAACUUUCUCAGUAGCUCUAAUCACCUACAACAUCCUCAUCUCAGCCAAUGCUCCUCUAAAGCAAGAGCUUCCAGGCCCUUCGAGAUCAUCAAUUGUUGACCCCAUAAUCAAGAUGCCAUUAGAAAGAUCAAGAAGAUAUGGGUCAACUGCAAAGAAUAGGUUGUUUCACACGGCUGUAACAGCUUCAGACUCUGUUUACAACACUUGGCAGUGUCGAAUUAUGUACUACUGGUUCAAGAAGCAUAAGAAUGGACCAAAUUCAGAUAUGGGUGGGUUUACUAGGAUCUUGCACUCCGGUAAACCUGACAAGUAUAUGGAUGAGAUUCCCACUUUCAUUGCUCAACCUUUACCAGCUGGAAUGGAUCAGGGAUAUAUAGUCCUCAACAGACCGUGGGCAUUUGUGCAGUGGCUUCAAAAAGCAGACAUAAAAGAAGAUUACAUACUAAUGGCAGAGCCGGACCAUAUCAUUGUCAAGCCUAUACCGAACUUAUCAAAAGAUGGGCUUGGAGCUGCAUUUCCUUUCUUUUAUAUAGAACCUAGAAAGUAUGAGUCUGUUCUGAGAAAGUUCUUCCCUAAGGACAAGGGUCCAAUAACUAACAUUGACCCCAUAGGAAAUUCUCCUGUCAUUGUUGGGAAGGAUUCUCUCAAAAAAAUUGCUCCCACCUGGAUGAAUGUCUCAUUGGCAAUGAAGAAAGAUCCUGAAGCAGAUAAAGCUUUUGGUUGGGUACUUGAGAUGUAUGCUUAUGCUGUUUCCUCUGCCUUUCAUGGUGUUGGUAACAUCCUGUACAAAGAUUUCAUGAUCCAGCCUCCUUGGGAUACAGAAAUUGGUAACAAAUUCCUUAUUCAUUAUACAUAUGGGUGUGACUAUGAUUUGAAGGGUAGGUUAACCUAUGGGAAAAUUGGAGAAUGGAGGUUUGACAAAAGAUCUUUCAGUAGUGUAGCACCGCCAAGAAACCUUCCCCUGCCUCCUCCUGGUGUUCCACAAAGUGUGGUAACUCUGGUGAAAAUGGUAAAUGAAGCCACAUCAAACAUUCCAAAUUGGGGGUCAUAGAAGAAAGGAUAGGCUGCAACUGCAAGAUGCUGUACGCCAACAAGCUCCAUUCAAUUGUCAGCAUGGACGCUUAAAACACGUACUGGUUUGGGUAAAAAGUAGAAGGGGAGGGAGGGGGGGAGGGUGU